ACUCCGAUGCACUCAAAGCCAUGGUUCAGGACAGUAUAGAAUCGGAGGGUGGCCCUGUGACGCCCACCUCUCCGAACACACCCACCAGCCCUGAGAGCCCUGCACUGCCAGGGUUGCCGCCCAGCGCAGCCAAACACACCUGCAACCACCUGCACACCAUCGGAGGGAUCGGAGGACAUAAGAACAUCUGCAACCGCUGCAACCAGAAAAAAUGGCCUCUGAUGAGACGCUCAUCCAGCAAGAAACUGGACAGACGCAGUCACAUAGGAGAAGUCACAGUGUUGUCUGUAGGCAGAUUCCGGGUGACAAAGUGUGACCCCAAAUCGCCCCGGGAUAGGCGGACGUUAUUGAUCACUGAGCCCAAUGGCAGUGUCCCCCCUUCACCUGCUAACGCUGACCCCCCUGAACACAGCACAGGCCCAAAGUCACAAGAGAAAGGAGACAGUGCAAAGUGACAUCUGUAGAGUUCCAGCAGCUUCUCGGGUGACAUUUAAAAAAACUUUUAGUCUGGAAGUUACAAUUCCAAAUAAGACUUAAGAGAGAUACUAUGACAAGAGAUGUGAUGAUGGAGGAGGAAAAGAGGAUGAUGGAUGCGAACCCUCCUUUUUGUCAUGUGACAAAGUCAGUUGUGGAAAGGUGACAGAAGCCAUUUUAUAUACAUUAACCUGUCACCAUGCCAACACAUCUUUCUCAGACAUCCUUGUGUCACCAUCAGUGGCAGAUGGCUUCAUUUGUGCUUGUUAAUGACUAUGAACGCGUCAAUGUUUAAUCUAACCUGUGUCAUGGUCGGAGGUUUUCUUUGGGCUACUUCCAGGAUGUGGGAAGUUUUGUUCAAAUUGUUUCCCUUUUUUUCUUUUUUAUUGCAAGCUGUGAUAAACACGGGAAAAACAGAGCCAUGAAAUUUCUCACUGGUUACAAUCUGGACUAAACGUUUUUUCUUAUCCUAUUGUCGUCUUAAAUGGACUGGGUUUGAUCUCUUCACUAAAUACAACUUUUCACCUUUGUUUUUUUUUAAUGACUCAAAUUGUGUCUUGACAACAUUUUUCUGUAAACCAGUGAAAUCGCAUGUUUAAUAGAUUAAUUUAUCAACCUAGCACGCCUUAACCGACUGGAAGUUUGCUUGGUGAUGUCUGGAACAGAGCACUGCGAUCAAUUCACCAGUCUGUCGAGCACUCAACGGUUUAGAAAUGAUAAAUAUUCUUAGUUUCAUGAUUCGUUAUAGCUUGCAUGUGACCACAGAGUUCAGAAACUCUCAAAUCUAUAGCCUCAUAUAUUAUUAUAAUGUCAGGCGUAUAUAAUAGAUAAGACCGUAUCCUUCACUAUACCUAAUAUCUUUGUUAUCUUUGGGAAAAACAAUGUAUGGUACCUCAAAAAAAGUACAAGUGUCCUUGGUUAAAUAUUGGACUUUUAAUAAUUCUGUGUAUUUUAACAACAACAACAA